AUGGUAAUGUUGAAUAGACAAAAAAUUGGUAAUAGCAGUGGUGCCAUCGCUGCACCUUCCAGUACUAUGCCGAAGAUAAGAAGCAGCUCGGAUGUAAAAGAUGCUUUUGAAGAUUUUUAUGAUGAUGGAGAACGUAUCCCAUUGAACGAUCUUUUAUCACCUAAUGAAUCUGUUAGAAUCAAUCUCAACCUUUCUGAUAUCGUCUUUCAAACUGCAAAAAUUUCUACAGCAGAUAAAUUUCCUAAAGAACGUAAUAAAGCUGCUGUGAGUUGUCUAGCUGUCUGUAUGCUCUUAACAGCAGCUGUAUGCAACGAUCUUGUGUUAUCAUAUAUCCAUGAAAAAGUACCGCAAGAACCACCGUUACCAGAUGCAAUAUUUGCUCACACUCCUUAUAUUCCUUGGGCAUUGGCUUUAUCCGAAUAUUUAAUGCUUGCAUCAUUCACAUGUAUGCUUGUAUUAACAAUCAUCCAUAGACAUCGGUGGAUUGUACUUCGACGAAUUUCUGUUAUCGGCUCAUUACUAUACUUUGGCCGCUGUCUAACAAUGCUGGUGACGCAGGUCCCUAUAGCAGAUCCAAAUUAUCACUGCUCACCUCGUUUGAGUGGUGCUGAUUACACUUUGAGGAAUGUGAUUGUCAGAGCAAUGCGAACCGUAAGUGGUGCUGGUUUAAUGAUAAAUGGUAAACAUACAUUAUGUGGUGAUUAUAUCUAUAGUGGUCACACAGUCGUCCUCGUCACCAGCUGCUUGUUUAUCACGGAGUAUAGUCCUCGAAGAUGGAAACCUUUGCAUUUUUUGUCAAUAGUGAUAUCAGGUGCAGGUGUUAUAUUAUUAUUAAUAUCUCGUGCUCAUUAUACAAUUGAUGUCAUUAUAUCAUACUGGAUAUCAACGCGAGUGUUUUGGACUUAUCAUACAUUGGCUGCUUUUCCAAAUCUUCGGAAUGCCAGCUCCCAUUACAAUCAUUUAUCUAAAUUUUAUUGGUAUCGGUUAUUUUUAUUCAUGGAAGGAAAUCUGCAAAAACCAGUACCACGAAGAUUUGACUGGCCUUUUUCUUCGAUAAGAUUUGGUAACCGAGCAGCUUGCAAAACAAACAUUUCUUGA